AUGGACUAUUACGCCGUGCUGGGCGUGCGGCGCGACGCGAGCUCGCACGAAAUCAAGGCGGCGUACAGGCGGCAGGCCAUGAAGUGCCACCCGGACCGCGUGCACGCUGCUGCUAAGGGCGCCACCAGGGGCGCACAGGACGCCGCUGCUGCUCGCUUCCGAGCCAUCGCCGAGGCUUAUGAGGUGCUGGGCAAUGAGGCGCGCAGGCGUGCAUACAACAGCCGCCGGCAUGCAGGGCGGCAGCGGGCGGGCCAUGGGGGCACGUGGGACUCGUGGCGGAGGCAGCACAGCCACGCAGAGUGGGACGCAGGGCGAACGGACGUGAUUCCAUCAUGCCUUUACCACCAUCCACCCACCCACGUGUGCCUGUGUGCGCCCUGCAGCCUUAUUGUGGGCGGGCUAGUGCUGGGUGGCACAGCAGGGGACUACCUGUGGGCCUCGGCCAACCGAGGGAAAUCAUUUGAGGAGGCGAUGGCAAGAAUGGGUACGAGGAGGCCAGCACCUCCUGUGGCAAAUGCUGACAGUGCUGAUGAUGCCCAAGACACCGGAUGGGGCACAUCGCCCCCGUAG